AUGGCGCGGGAGCAGCUGCAGGUGCUUCACGCGCUGGACGAGGCAAGGACGCAGAGGUACCACGCGUGGGCGGUGGUGAUCGCCGGCAUGGGCUUCUUCGCCGACGCGUACGACCUCUUCUGCAUAACCCUCGUCACCAGGCUCCUGGGGCGCAUCUACUACCAUGUGCCGGGACGGGCAGACCCCGGGAGGCUCCCGCCACGGGUGGAUGCGGCCAUCACCGGAGUCACAUUCUGCGGCAUGAUCGUCGGGCAGCUCUUGUUCGGCUGGCUCGGCGACAAGGUCGGCCGGAAGAAGUUCUACGGCAAGACUGUCAUGCUUAUGAUCAUGGGGUCCUUCCUCUCGGGCUUGUCGUUUGGAAACACCGCCGAGGGCGUCAUGGCCACGCUCUGCUUCUGGCGGUUCUGGCUCGGCGUUGGCAUUGGCGGAGAUUACCCGCUCUCCGCCACCAUCAUGUCCGAGUACUCUAACAAGAGGACGCGGGGGAGCCUCAUAGCAGCCGUCUUCGCCAUGGAAGGGUUCGGCGUUCUCGCGGGCUGCAUUGUCACCUUGGUCGUGUCGGCCACGUUCCAGGCGCGCUUCAACCCCCCAGCUUACGAGGAAGAUCCCCUGGCCUCAACCCCGCCGCAGGCAGACUACGUGUGGCGCAUCAUCCUCAUGCUCGGCGCCAUCCCCGCCGUCUUCACCUACCGCUGGAGGGUCAUGAUGCCGGAGACGGCACGCUACACGGCCCUGGUCGCCCGCGACGCCGAGAAAGCAGCGCGCGACAUGUCCAAGGUCCUCAAGGUGGAGUUCAGCGGCGAGCCGGACAAGGUCGAGAUCAUUACCAAAGACAAGGACUACGGGGUCUUCUCCGGCCGCUUCGCCCGCCGCCACGGCCUGCAUCUCGUCGGCGCCGUCGCCUGCUGGUUCGUGCUGGAUGUCGUCUUCUACUCCCAGAACAUUCUCCAGGAGGAGAUCUUUAACGACGUCAAGUGGGUCCCCGAGGCGCGCACCAUGAGCGCGCUCGAGGAGACGUACCGCGUCGCCCGCGGGCAGGCGAUCAUCGCGCUCUGCGGCACGCUCCCUGGCUACUGGUUCACCAUCGCAUUCGUGGACGUCGUCGGCCGGAAGGCCAUCCAGUUCCUCGGGUUCGUCAUGAUGAAGGGCCUCAUGCUCGUCGUGGCCACCUUCUACCACAGCCUGACGCAGCCCGGCCGCCGGAUAUGGCUGGUGGUCAUGUACACCUUCACCUUCUUCUUUGCGAACUUCGGGCCGAACAGCACCACCUUCAUCAUACCGGCCGAGAUUUUCCCGGCGCACGUCCGCACGACGUGCCACGGGAUAUCGGCGGCGGCAGGGAAGGUCGGGGCCAUUGUCGGGUCGUUUGGAUUCUUGUACGCCUCGCAGAGGGCCGACGGCAGCGAUGAGGCGGAAACCGGGUACCCGUCGGGUAUCGGCGUGCGUGCCUCACUCUUCGUGCUCGCCGCCUGCAAUGUGUUGGGGAUACUUUUCACCUUCCUCCUUCCCGAGCCGAACGGGAGGUCGCUGGAGGAGCUGUCCGGCGAGGGCAGCCAAGCCAUCAACGGAGAGGACGCAGAUUUGGGUGAUUCCAAGGUUCUUCCCUUGUAG